AAACGAUGCACAGCAGACGGUCAAACCGGCGGCACUGAGCAGGGCGGAGCUGGCGAGGGGCGUGCACGGGGCGAGUGCACACGUGUGGACUACGUUGUGGUGGACCCCAAAAGGACCAAGGCUCUGAAGAACACACGGGAAGCCUGGCACGAUGGGAGGAUGUCUACAGAGAAGGAGAAGAGCUAGAUGUGCAGAAAGACUGCUGUUUCACCUUCAUUUGUUCAUCAUUCAUGUCCAAAAGUAUUCAACCAAACUGUGACACAAACAGACGUACUCUGUCAACUAUUUCUACUGCUGCUUUAUGAUGAGAUUAACUUAUUUAAAGUUUAUUAGUUUAGUGAAGUCUUAGUGAUGUUAAAAACUUUUAUUUUAGGUAGUAAGAGGCUGAGAUCAGAACAUCAGUGCAGCCAAUCCUGUUUAAAUACAUCCUCACUCAAAUACAUAAAUACUAUGUUUUUAAAACUUCUAUUUGCCUAAAACAUGUAUGAUAUGUUUCAUUGUGGAAGAAAUAAAACUAGAAGA